GUCGCGCGCGAGGCGUGAGGCGGUGCUGAGGAUCUGAGCCACGGGUAGCUAGACGCCCGGACUGUCCAGUGAGCGAGCGAGCCAGCGAGCCAGCGAGCCAGAGGCAGGAACCCGCAGCCACUGCAGCCCCGGAGCCACAGCCGCAGCCGCCGUCCGCGGAGCCCAGCCCAACUGGCCAUGGCGCUGUCGAUGCCCCUGAACGGACUGAAGGAGGAGGACAAAGAGCCCCUCAUCGAGCUCUUCGUCAAGGCCGGCAGUGAUGGUGAGAGCAUAGGAAACUGCCCCUUUUCACAGAGGCUCUUCAUGAUCCUUUGGCUCAAAGGAGUCGUGUUCAGUGUCACCACCGUUGACCUGAAAAGGAAGCCUGCAGAUCUGCAGAACUUGGCUCCUGGGACCCACCCACCAUUUAUAACCUUCAACAGCGAAGUCAAAACGGAUGUAAAUAAGAUUGAGGAAUUUCUUGAAGAAGUCUUGUGCCCACCCAAGUACUUAAAGCUCUCACCAAAACACCCAGAGUCAAACACUGCUGGGAUGGACAUCUUUGCCAAGUUCUCUGCGUACAUCAAGAACUCAAGACCAGAGGCUAAUGAAGCACUGGAGAGGGGGCUCUUGAAAACGCUGCAGAAGCUGGAUGAGUACCUGAAUUCUCCCCUCCCUGACGAAAUCGAUGAGAACAGCAUGGAGGACAUCAAAUCGUCCACACGCAGGUUUCUGGACGGCGACGAGAUGACAUUAGCAGACUGCAACCUGCUGCCCAAGCUUCACAUUGUCAAGGUGGUGGCCAAAAAAUACCGCAACUUUGACAUUCCCAAAGGCAUGACGGGCAUCUGGAGAUACCUGACAAACGCCUACAGUAGGGAUGAGUUCACCAACACCUGUCCCAGCGACAAGGAGGUGGAAAUCGCGUACAGUGACGUCGCCAAGAGACUUACCAAGUAGACAGCACUUUUGAAAGCAAUGCCUUCAGAGUCCCCCAAGACUAUGCUUUCCUAACAGACGGCUCCUGCCUCCUCUAAGCAGACGUGUAUUUUGCAUGAACACACAGUUACUCGAGACUAGGAUUAAGGGUAGACAAAGUAGGUCUCUCCAGCGCACACUCCUAAGCAGUAUUAUUCUAAACUCUUCUACCCAGCCCACCCGCCCUUCCCUGCCCAUCCGCUGGCCUCCACUUUGGAGACACUUUGCCACAAGCCUGUCACCUAAGAAGCAGUUUGCUGUCACUCUGGAGCCCCAGCCAUCACGUCCAUUCACUCUGUAGAGGGCAGAACUGGAGGUGCAGCGUUCGGCCAUUAGAAUAGUAGCUGCGACAUCAGUGGACCCCACGCUGCUGUCCAUGCAUGGCACAGGAAUGUUUAUGUAGUGGGAGUUGUAAUAUUGAGUAAGGAAUCUGGAAAGCUUGCUACCGGGUUAAUAUGCUGUUUCAGCCUAGUUUGCCCUGGGGUAUCUAAGACUGCUUCUGCAGAGACGCUGGUUUCUUAGUAGACACUUAAUUUUGCCUAAAAUGUGUCAUUUGUAUAAAUUGUAACAUCCAAUACUACAUAGAAAGUGAAGGGCUGAGGGUUGGGAAUUCAUUUUCAAAUGAUGAGAUGAUUGGCUGGGUUCUCUGUCUACCUUACCUGCUGUGAGGGGCUCUCCUAGGGCCGCUCUUACAUUUACAGCUGCCUUCUUUGUGACAGACUUUUUCUUUUCUCUUUUUUGUGGUGCUUGGGAUGGGACCCAGGGCUUUGUGCAGGCCUGGUAAGGCUCUGUCCCUGGGCUGCACCGAGCCCCACCUCUCUAUGGGUGACCGUAUGUAAUCCUGACAAAGACCAGCAUGUGAGCCACUCAGAAGUUAGCCAGGAUCGGGGGAGUUUGCCGAAGUGCUACGUACACUUUACUGUGGAGAGGGGUGAAGAGUGUGCCACCUUAAACUCCGUGACGCUCAGGCUGCCACGGGCUCCUGUCCCACCUCCAUUUGCAUCAGACCGAGUGAGGGGUCCUUCACUUCUCUGGGGAUAAUAGUGGUUGUCAUAGUGAGUGUGUAUUUUCCAGUUUUGCUUGUCAGUCCCCGCAAAGAAGAGGAAGCCUCUGAUUUCUUGCUGUUUGGUUUGAGACAGGAUGUUACUCUGGAGCCCUGGUUGACCUGGAGCGUCAUAAGUAGACCACGCUGGUCUCAAACUUAUGGCACCUCUCCUGCCUUCGCCUCCUGCAUGCUGGUGAGGAUUAUGGGCCUGCACACCAUGUCCGACUUUUUUUUUUUUUCUUCAUUUUUUAAAACAGUCUAAACUAAGUUGUUUGCAGUUUAACAAAUGAGAAAUGAGCUUUGUAAAAAUAGAGGCCACUCCCACCCAAACAAAAUGGCCUUUCUCAGUAGUCCCCCAGAGCCUGCUUGUGACUGUCUAUAUUUGCUACAUUUUUUUGGUGAUUUUUUUUUUCUUUUUUGAAGCAUGUCAGGAAGUGCUCUGCUCUUUCUUCGACUUCUCCCUCCCCAGUUGGCUGCUUUAAGGUGCCUAUGCUUUCUUUCCCUUUGGUGUGCUGACACUUAAUAAACGCCUGCUUUAUGGAAGCAUUCUGACUCAUAAGCAGCUCCCUUUAAAACUUAACAAUAAUUCCUUAGCGCGGGUGUCAGGAAAAGCUUGACAGUGGCCCCUGUGGCUCAGGGAGACUCCUUGGCCGCAGGCUUCACCCUUCCUGCUGAUCUGGGUGUGAGCCCCCCAUCACGGUGCAAACUGGGUGGUGGUCUGCGUUCCAAUGGGAGGCACUAUCUUUUCUCCUUGGAGAAGUGACCCUGCAGUGUCUCUGUGGGUGGAAGUGUCCCAACUUUGCUUGGUGAUGACGUGGCCGUGGGUGGGGUUGAGUCUAGAGGUGUGUCUGUUCUUUUUGUGAGUGGGCCAAGCGAUGGCUGCUGUCCUCCUCGCAACGGAGGAUAUGCAGGACGGAGAAGAGGACGUGCUUUAGUGGGUGUGAGAUGCCCACGCUUGAGUGUUUAUUCUCUGUGGCUUCCUAAAUUGACUCUCGGUUGUUCUUACUAUCUCUGGAUAUCCAAGGGAAGUCUGUCUAGGUUUUGCAAAGGCAGAAUUGUUUUUCUUUAUAGAGAGGGACAGUUUUAUAUCAAGAAAGUCAAACAGAUUUGCGUUUGGCAGAUGGACAGAAGCUAUAAAAGAAAGACCCCGCGGCAAGCACCCUGCACUCUGCGAGGUGGUCAUGGCUUACAAUCUUGACAUGGGAGAUGUGAGUGUUUCCAUGUGGCUGAUGCCGUGCACGGGCUGACGGACGUCCAUGCGAGUGGCUCCCCCUCUGCUCUUGUCUAACCUCCUUUUUAAGCCCUCUGUCUUGGAGCAGGGAUUCUGAACGGAGGCUCCCUAUUUUCUAGUGGAUACUAAGAAACUAUUAAGCAGCGGGACGCCUCGCAGUUUUAAGUAUAUAACUUCCUUUUUGAUAUAGUACAGACUUUGAAUACAAUACAAUUUUCUUGGUAACAUUAGCUUUCAUAGCUCUAGACUCAUGAGCAGUUUAUACUGUUGAGAGGUUCUGACUGGUUUGUGCACAGGCGGACCGGCUCUAGAAUCUAGGCAGUUAUACUUCCAGAACCUCUGUGUUGCAUGUAGAUAGCAUUUAUUUCUGCAUAUUUAAAAAACCCAUUUAGGAAAUAAGAAAAAAAUGAGAAGUAGAAAUUAUUUUUUCAUGAAGAUUUUGGUCCACACCUCACUGUGUUGUAACGGAUUCACCAGUUUCUUGAGCUGGCAAUAAUCAACAUUUGGUUCAGAUAGAGAGAGAGAGAGAGAGCAAGAGAGCAUUUGUUAGCAAAACUCACAGACUUCUGAAAGUUCAUUGUUGUAAUGAUCAAAGUGGGGGAAACAAAUUAUUUUAUCAAGGAAAAAAAGUUGAGUCCCAAGCCAUAAAAGUUGGACUCCCAGGCGGUAAUGCUGGACAGCCUUGGAGCAUUUCAUGGGAUUCCUUGGGUAGGAAUGAAAGCUCUUUACAAAAUGCUUGCAUUUUCUUCUCUCUGGAACAUCAACACCAGUAUAUUGCUGGCAGCUAUUGUAUUAAAAAAAUAAAUAUAUUUUCACUAUCAAA